AUGCCUGACAGAAACAUCGUCUCUUUCAACGCCCUCAUUUCUGCCUAUUCUCGAAAACCCCAUCUUGCCCAUUUGGCUUUCCGUCUAUUUGCUGAAUUGCAAAGUGAGAACCUAAGGCCAAAUGGGUUAACUUUUACGAGCCUUUUACAUGCAUGUUCAGGCCUCAAGAAUCAGGUACUAGGUUCUGUGCUUCAUUCCCAAUGUAUAAAGUUUGGAUUUUUGUAUGAUGUGUGUGUUCAAACCUCUAUACUUGGGAUGUACUCAAGUUGUGGCUUCCUGGAUUGUGCUGAGAAAGUUUUUUGCUCCAUGCAAGAUAAAGAUUCUGUGGCUUGGAAUACCAUAUUUUUUGGAUAUUUGGAAAAUGGUAGGACCAUGGAAGGCCUUCAGCUAUUUGACAGCAUGUUGACUGCUCGAGUUAAUCUGACAAAUUUCACUUAUACAACGCUGUUGAGUGCUUGUAGCAGGUUGAGAGAUGGUCUUGCAGGGGAAGCAACUCAUGGUAAAGUAAUUGUUUCCGGGAUUGCACCAGAUUUGCCCUUGUACAAUGCGCUGCUCGACAUGUAUUCUAGUUGUGGUGAUAAUGAAGCAGCUUUGAAAGUCUUCGGAAAAAUAAAGAAACCAGAUCUGGUAUCUUGGUAUUCAAUGAUUUCUGGAUAUGCAAACAAUGGAGAUGGAGAGAUGGCAAUGGCUAUGUUUGUCCAAUUUCGGCAAUCAUCCCUUUUCACACCUGACGAGUAUACAUUUGCAGCUGCAAUUUCUGCUACAAGAGCAUUUCCAGCAGCUGAUUAUGGGAAACCACUCCACGGCCAAGUUGAGAAGGUGGGGCUCGGUCAAAGUGUAUACAUUGCAAGCACACUGAUAUUGAUGUACUUUUACUAUGGGGAAGUUGAGUCUGCUCAAAGGAUUUUCAUUAGCAUCCUGGAGAAGGAUGUUGUCCUGUGGACUGAGAUGAUUGCUGGACAUUGUAGGAAUGGUAAUGCUGAGAGCUCUAUUAGGUUUUUCCAUGGAAUGUUACAGGAAGACCACAAGGUUGAUGAAUUUACUCUUAGCAGUGCCUUAAGCGUGUGUGCUGAAGCGGCAAGUAUGAAGCAGGGUGAAAUGAUUCAUUCCCUGGCUAUCAAAACAGGCUAUAUAGCUGAGAUGACCGUUUGUGGGAGUUUGGUUGAUAUGUAUGCUAAAAUAGGAAACCUUGCAGCUGCAGAGCUUACGUUUUCCUGUGUAACCACGCCUAAUCUAAAAUGCUGGAACUCAAUUCUCGGAGGAUAUGGUUACCAUGGGAAGGCAGAGGAUGCAUUUAAGGUGUUCAAUGAUAUUUUACAACAUGGCCUAAAACCAGAUCCUGUAACAUUUAUCUCUCUGCUUGCGGCCUGUAGCCACGGUGGAUUGGUCAACGAGGGUAUAUUCUUCUGGAAUUACAUGAAAGGUAUUGGUUUAGAACCAAGCCUUAAGCAUUAUUCUUGCAUGAUCACUUUGUUGAGUCGAGCUGGAUUUCUAGAGGAGGCUGAGAAUGUUAUAAUGGAAUCACCUUUUGGUGAUGAAUGUCUUCAACUAUGGAAAAUCUUACUGAGUUCUUGCGUAAGUAAAGGAAACCGGAGCAUAGGUAUACGUGUCGCAAAGCAGGUUUUGAGGAUGGAUGCAGAAGACAGUGCAUCAAAUGUAUUGUUGUCAAACUUUUUUGCUUCAACUGGUAGGUGGGGUGGUGUUUCAGAUAUCAGGAGAAAGAUAAGGGAAUUGAUGUUGGAAAAAGAUCCUGGUCUGAGCUGGUUAGAGCUUAUAAACGAUAUCCAUGUGUUCUCUUCUAGUGAUCAUUCACAUCCACAGUAUGAUGAAAUAAGAGCUGAGUUGCCUAGAUUGCAAGGAAACUUAACACAGUCAGAAGCAGAUCAAUUCAUGCUAGAUGCAGUGGCUGUGUAA